CAUCAAGACAACCUGGAGGUGGUUGGAAAAAUGGUGCUGGUGCACAAGAAGAAAAUCUUCAUCGUCGAACAAAUAUGUUUCAAUGUCUUGAAGAUCCUUAUCAUGAAUUAGAUAUCCAACGAGAUUGGAAUUAUCAUAUACCUGAAUUUGGUGGUAUUUAUUCUCCAAAUGUUAGUAUUUUUCGUGGUUCAGAAUCUAAUGGCUAUCCAUUUUUUCCAGAUGGUCCAAAAUAUAUUUCUUUUAUUGCUUGUUCUGCAUAUUCUCAUCCACCAACAGAAACAGACCAAAAUGGAGAAUUGAAAUUAAGUGGUAGAAAUGUGAUAGAAAAUACAAAAAAGAAAAUGAAAACUAUUUUAAAUAUUGCACUCGACAAUAAACAUGAUAUUAUUAUAUUAUCGGCAACAGGAUGUGGUGCUUUUCAAAAUCCACCUAAACAUAUUGCACAAUUAUUUCAUGAAGUGAUUACAAAAGAAUAUAGUAAAUCAUUUAAAUGUAUCGUUUUUGCUAUUAUCAAUGAUCAUAAUUGCAAUAAAGCCCAUAAUCCAACAGGUAAUAUUCAACCAUUUGCUGAGAUUUUUCAAGUAGAUGCACUGUCUAUUGAUGAGCUUCAACAAAAACUGUCUCAAUCAAUUGAAUAA